AUGGCCCCGGUCCCGGCCCCGGCCCCGGGAUCCGACGGAGCCCCCGUGCCCUACCCGGCCCUCGCCCCCACCGUCUUCUUCUGCCUCCAGCAGACCACCCGCCCCCGCAGCUGGUGCCUCGGACUGGUCUGUAACCCCUGGUUCGAGCACGUGAGCAUGCUGGCCAUCCUGCUGAAUUGUGUCACCCUGGGCAUGUUCCGGCCAUGUGAGGACGUGGAGUGCCGCUCCCAGCGCUGUGCCGUCUUGGAGGCGUUUGAUGACUUCAUCUUUGCCUUCUUUGCUGUGGAGAUGGUGGCCAAGAUGAUCGCCCUGGGGGUGUUUGGGCAGAAGUGUUAUCUGGGAGACACAUGGAACCGCCUGGAUUUCUUCAUCGUCAUAGCUGGGAUGAUGGAAUAUUCCCUGGAUGGACACAACGUCAGCCUGUCAGCCAUCCGGACCAUCCGCGUGCUCAGGCCCCUCAGAGCCAUCAACCGUGUGCCCAGCAUGCGGAUUCUGGUGACACUGCUGCUGGACACAUUGCCGAUGCUGGGGAACGUGCUGCUGCUCUGCUGCUUCGUCUUCUUUGUCUUUGGCGUCGUUGCGGUGCAGCUGUGGGCCGGCCUGCUAAGAAACAGGUGCUUCCUCGACAGCGACACUGCCAGGAGCCACAACCUGACGUUCCUGAAGCCGUACUACCAGCCAGAGGAUGGGGAGGAGAACCCGUACAUCUGCUCGGCCCACCGGGACAACGGCAUGCAGAAAUGCUCCGGCAUUCCCCGGUGGAAGGAGCAACGCCUGGAGUGCAACCUGAGUAUCGGGGAGGCCCCUGGCCCACAGGGCACCCCUCCAGGCACAGUCUCCCGGCACGCCUGUGUCAACUGGAACCAGUACUACAACGUCUGCAGGACUGGUGACGUCAACCCCCAUAACGGUGCCAUCAACUUCGACAAUAUCGGCUAUGCCUGGAUUGCCAUUUUCCAGGUCAUAACCUUGGAAGGAUGGGUGGAGAUCAUGUACUACGUCAUGGAUGCUCAUUCCUUUUACAAUUUCAUAUAUUUCAUCUUGCUAAUAAUCGUGGGCUCCUUCUUCAUGAUCAACCUAUGCCUGGUGGUGAUCGCCACGCAGUUCUCAGAGACGAAGCAGCGGGAAAACCAGCUGAUGCGGGAGCAGCGGGCCCGUUCCCUGUCCAACGACAGCACGCUCGCCAGUUUCUCCGAACCCGGCAGCCUCUAUGAUGAGCUGCUCAAAUACCUGGGCCACAUCUUCCGCAAGGCCGAGCGCCGAGCGGGCCGCCUCUAUGCCCGCUGGCAGAGCCACUGCCGGAAGGUCGGCCCCGACGGAUUGGGGGGCCGGGGUCAAGUGGGCCGGGGGCGGGGCCGGGUGGCCUCCCAAUGCCCACUGGCCCGGCACCACCACCACCAUCACCACCACCACUACCACCACCAUCAUCACCACCACCACCACCACCACUACCACCUGGGCAAUGGGAGUCCGGGCCCCGAGCUCCUGAGAUUGGAUGUGGAGGAUGACCAGUCAGGCAGCCAGCUCAUGCUCCCAGUGCCAACCCCCCGGCCUUGGAGCCCCCAGCCUGACUCUGCUUCCACCCGUAGCGUCUACCGCUCUGACUGCCACGUGAUGGCGCUCGGGGAUGGUGGGAGGCAGGAUCCCAGGCCCGGCCCCCCGAGCGGCAGGAACUACCCAACCAUCUUGCCUUCUGCCGCCGCCAGACCGGCCAGUGGCAUCCCCGUGCCCGGCGGUGGAGGGAGCCCUGGGAGCCCUGCAUCUGGACCCCACAGCCCCAACCAUCUGGAUGCGGACACUUGCAAGAAGCUGCGUUGGCCAGUCGGGGAGCCUGGUCCAGGCCAGAGUGUGAGUGUCCCAUUGUCCACGCUGAGCGCACCCUGUCCCCUGCAGCGCCACCAGGAUGGCCUGCCUUCCUGCGACCCCCAGAGCUGCCCCCUCUGCUCCCGUCCCCUGGAGGACUGCGAGUUUGAAUUCAGCGAGUCGGGGAGCUGUGACUCUGACCCCAGUGGCACCUACGAGUUCACCCGGGACCUGAGGCGCCGGGAUCACCGUGACCCAGUCCAGCGGGCCGGCCAGUUGCAAGGCCAAACGGAGGCACCACAGAGGAGGAGCAUGGCCAUCAGGCUCUGGCUGGCCUUUGGACACAGGCUGGAGCGGAUCGUGGAUAGCAAAUACUUCAACAGGGGGAUCAUGGCCGCCAUCUUGAUCAACACCCUGAGCAUGGGGGUAGAGUACCAUGAGCAGCCAGACGAGCUGACCAACGCCCUGGAAAUAAGCAACUCGGUGUUCACCAGCGUCUUCGCCCUGGAGAUGCUGCUGAAGCUGUUGGCAUGCGGCCCCAUUGGCUACGUCAAGAACCCGUACAACAUCUUCGAUGGGGUCAUCGUUGUCAUCAGCGUGUGCGAGAUCAUCGGGCAGGCGGACGGUGGCCUGUCGGUGCUCAGGACGUUUCGGCUGCUGCGCGUGCUCAAGCUGCUGCGCUUCCUGCCCGCCCUGCGCCGCCAGCUGGUUGUGCUCGUGAAGACCAUGGACAACGUGGCCACCUUCUGCAUGCUACUCAUGCUCUUCAUCUUCAUCUUCAGCAUUCUGGGAAUGCAUCUGUUCGGAUGCAAGUUCAGCCUCAAGACAGAUACCGGGGACACGGUUCCAGACCGGAAAAACUUUGAUUCUUUGCUCUGGGCCAUAGUCACUGUGUUCCAGAUCCUCACACAGGAAGACUGGAACAUGGUGCUGUACAACGGCAUGGCAUCCACAUCCUCCUGGGCUGCCCUCUACUUCGUGGCACUGAUGACCUUUGGCAACUAUGUGCUCUUCAACCUGCUCGUGGCCAUCCUGGUCGAAGGGUUCCAGGCUGAGGGCGAUGCAAACAAGUCUGACACAGAUGAGGACAAAACUUCUGUCAAUGUGGAGGACGAUUUUGACAAGAUCAGUGAACUGUGGGCCUCAGGCGGGCAGCUUGGAUCAGGAGGACAGAACGGAUCAGGUGGAUGGUGUGGCUCAGACAUGAAGAAUUUCUCUCUGGCUGUGAUGGCCAACGGUCACCUGGAGGGCCGGGGCAGCCUGCCCCCACCGAUGAUCCUGCACACGGCAGCAACCCCUGGGCCGACCCCUCAAGGCUCACCACAGCUGGACUCUGGGCCCGCCCUGCUUGGGCGCCAGUGGGCUGGCUCUGCUUCCAUCGACCCUCUGCACUGUGACCAGAGGUCCUCGGCCAGCCCACGCAGCUCACCCUGUGCCUCCAGAUCCCCGACUGGCCCCAGUGUCAGCCGCCGUGCCAGCUGGAACAGCCUGGGCCGCCCACCCAGCCUCAAGCGGAGGAGUCACUCGGGCGAGCGUCAGUCCCUCCUGGCCGGCGAGGGCAGGGGCUGCGCUGAUGAAGAUGCUGACAACAUCCUGCCUGGCACCAGGCCGCCCCUCAUCCGCCAGGCCGAGUCUCUGGACUGCCGCCUUCUCAGCCCGCCCACCCCUGAGUGCCAUACCCCCCGCCCUGGGCCAGCCACUGACCACCAGGGUACCCAAAGCCAGGCGCUGCAUGGAAAUGGUGAGCUCUUUCUGCACCUGGAUGCCUGCAGGGACCAGACCCUCGACUACGAUGAUGAUGUGGAUGAUGGCUUCUGCUUCAGGGUGCAUCAGGUUCUGGAUCGGUACAAGCCUGGCUGGUGCAAGAGUCAUGAAGACUGGUCCCUGUACCUGUUUUCCCCACAGAACCGGGUUCGCGUUAUGUGUCGGAGAUUCAUUGCCCACAAGAUGUUCGACCAUGUGGUCCUGGCCUUCAUCUUCCUCAACUGCAUUACCAUUGCCCUGGAGCGGCCGGACAUCGACCCCAGCAGCACAGAACGGGUCUUCCUGAGUGUCUCCAAUUACAUUUUCACUGCCAUUUUCGUGGUGGAGAUGAUGGUGAAGGUGACAGCCCUUGGAUUCUUCUCGGGGGAUGACGCCUACCUUCAGAGUGGCUGGAAUGUGCUGGAUGGUCUGCUGGUGUUCGUGUCCAUCACGGACAUCGUCGUCUCCAUGGCGCCAGCGGGUGGGGCCAGGAUCCUGGGUGUCCUGCGGGUGCUGAGGCUUCUGCGUACCCUGAGGCCUCUCCGGGUGAUCAGCCGGGCUCCAGGCCUGAAGCUGGUGGUGGAGACGCUGAUUUCGUCUCUGAGGCCCAUCGGGAAUAUCGUUCUCAUCUGCUGCGCCUUCUUCAUUGUCUUCGGCAUCCUGGGGGUGCAGCUCUUCAAGGGGAAAUUCUACUACUGCGAGGGCUCGGACACGAAGAACAUCACCACGCGGGGAGACUGCAGCCUGGCCCACUAUCGCUGGGUCCGCAGAAAGUAUAACUUCGACAACCUGGGGCAGGCGCUGAUGUCCCUCUUCGUCCUGUCCUCUAAAGACGGCUGGGUCAACAUCAUGUACGAUGGGCUGGAUGCCGUGGGCGUGGAUCAGCAGCCCAUCCAGAACCACAACCCGUGGAUGCUCCUGUACUUCAUCUCCUUCCUGCUCAUUGUCAGCUUUUUUGUACUGAACAUGUUCGUGGGCGUGGUGGUGGAGAACUUUCACAAAUGCCGGGAGCACCAAGAGGCUGAGGAGGCUCGCCGGCGUGAGGAGAAGAGGCUGCGACGUCUUGACAAGAAGCGCAGGAAAGCUCAGCGCCGGCCAUACUACGCAGAUUACUCGCCACUGCGCCUCUCCAUCCAUACGCUCUGCACCAGCCACUACCUUGACCUGUUCAUCACCUUCAUCAUCGGCGUCAACGUCAUCACCAUGUCUAUGGAGCACUACAACCAGCCCAAGUCCCUGGAUGAAGCACUGAAAUAUUGCAAUUACGUCUUCACCAUCGUGUUCGUUUUCGAGGCAGUCCUCAAGUUGGUGGCGUUUGGAAUCCGGCGCUUCUUUAAAGACAGGUGGAACCAGCUGGACCUUGCUAUUGUGCUGCUGUCCACCCUGGGUAUCACACUGGAAGAGAUUGAGAUAAAUGCUGCUUUACCCAUCAACCCCACCAUCAUCCGCAUCAUGCGAGUCCUGAGGAUUGCCAGAGUGCUCAAGCUGCUCAAAAUGGCCACAGGGAUGCGAGCCCUGCUGGACACCGUGGUGCAGGCGCUGCCCCAGGUGGGGAACCUGGGCCUACUUUUCAUGCUCCUGUUUUUUAUCUAUGCUGCGCUGGGAGUGGAGCUGUUUGGAAAGUUAGACUGCAGUGAUGACAACCCUUGUGAGGGGCUGAGCCGGCACGCCACCUUCUCCAACUUUGGCAUGGCGUUCCUCACCCUGUUCCGCGUCUCUACCGGAGACAACUGGAAUGGAAUCAUGAAGGACACGCUACGGGAGUGCCCGCGGGAGGACAAGCACUGCCUCAGCUACCUGCCCGUCAUCUCACCCAUCUACUUCGUCACCUUCGUGCUCAUUGCACAGUUCGUAUUGGUCAAUGUGGUGGUGGCUGUGCUCAUGAAGCACCUGGAGGAGAGCAACAAGGAGGCCAGAGAGGAUGCCGAGAUGGAUGCCGAGAUCGAGCUGGAGAUGGCACAGACCGGGCCAGGACCGGUUAGCCUCCGGCCCCGUGGGAGCCCCCCAGGCUGCAGGAUGCCCCAGCCAUCCCUGGAUGGGGCUUGCCUUCUGAAGGAGGCGCCGGAUGGCCACAACCCCCCAGUCAUCCGCAAGAUUCCUGUCUCCAGGAUGCACUCUCUGCCCAAUGAUAGCUACAUGUUCCGCCCUUUGGUGCCAGCCCAGGCCCCCCGCCCACUGCCCGAGGUGGACACCGGGCCCCAGGACCUGGACACCGAGCUCCGGGCUUCUCAGGUCCCGACAGGCUCCGGGACACUGGUGCACUCCCAGCCUGAGGGGACCAGCUCGUCUCUGGCCCUCCUGCCGAGAACAGGGUCCUUCUACUCCAAGAGCAGUGACCUCCCUGGGACCCACAUUCGCUCCCCCAGCCUCAGCCGCCUGCUGUGCCGACAGGAGGCCAUGAGGACCGACUCGGUGGACAGCCCGCUGGCUGAGUGUGAAGAGGGCCCACUGGGAUGCCCCACUGAGGACAAACCACUCCACUCCCCCCCAGGGAUCUCUUCUCUUGGGUUGGCUGAUAUGCCCACACAACCGCACCCCUCCUGCCCCCAAGAUGAGCCGUGCGACCCAGCAGACGAGGAGGUCAGCCACAUUAACAGCACAGCGCACGCGCGGGGAGUCCUGGGGCCGGCCAGGAGCCGCUCGGCUUACACCUCCCCAGGCACUGGGCCUAGGGGCCCCGGCCCUACCUCUAGCAACAGUGCCGGCAGCCUGGCCCAGAGCGCUGGGCACGACCGGGACUUACGCAAGUUCUACAGCGUCGAUGCGCAUGGCUUCCUGGACCAGCCCGGCUGGGCCAGCGACCAGCGGCGCCACUCCAUCGAGAUUUGCCCGGCCCGACCUGAGGCCCCAGGCCUGGCCCACCACGAGGCCCCCAACCCAGCCCCGCCCGUGGCAGACCCCGUACCCCCUGGUGGCCGGCGCAAGAAGAAGAUGAGCCCACCUUGCAUCGCCAUAGACCCUCCAGUGGGCAGCCAGGCAGGUGGCCCCCAGCACUCCCUGGUGACACCAGGGGCGGCAUCGGUGGUGGCUGAGGCCAGCACUAUGCUGAGGCGGCGGACCCCGUCCUGGGAGCCUAGUGCCCCCCGGGGCCCAGCGGACCUGGCCGAUGCCCCGCCCGGGGACCUGCUGCUGCUGCCGCCACCAACCCGAGCCUGCCGCUGGGAGCGCCUGGCCGUCCCCCACCCGGCCUUCGAGUCACCUGUCCCCGGCACUGGGGACCGUGCCUCCGAACCCUGGCCCGGGGCACCCUCCGAAAGGAGCCAGGAGACUCCACCCCGGAGUCCCCACCCCGAGACACUGCCCCCAGACAGAGGUGGUGCCCGGCCCGCGUAGCCAAUGGGUCGGGACCUAGGAAGGACCUGCCACAAGGAGAAGCCUGGAGCAUAGACAGAGCACGGGCGUUGGGGCCAUCCAUGGGUGGGGCAGAGCGCAGGCAUCAGGGCCAACUGGGGCCAGGCAGAGCGUAGGUGUCGGGGCCAUCUUGGGGCAGGCUGCCCAACCCUGACGGGCGAUGCCUGGUCCAGGGCACAGGGAGUGGCGGAGGGCAUGGCCAGGGAGCCCCCGCCUGGACUCAGACAGCAAUUUUCUAGAGAAUAAUGAUGUUUCGCAUUCUCACCAGGCUCCAUGCUGGGGGCAUUUUCCAGUGUUGCACAUGGGGAUCGUCCCACUGACUCUUUUUUUCCCUUGGGAUUUCUCUGUCUUCUCCAUCCAUUCCCCCUGACACACAACCCCUGUUCCCUCAUCUCCACCCUUCAAGGGCAGGCAGCCUCCACCCAGCAGCAGCCGCAGCCACCAUAUUUAUUGAGACCCCACUGGGGACAGUGCCCUGUGCUAAAUGGUUGGGCAAAACAAAACUAAUCAGGGACAUGUUUUCCCUGCCUGCAAGGAGCGUGUGCUCCGACAAGGCUGCUCUGGGCUUUUGGAAACAGUUGACAGUGCAAGUCAGAGCUAUUGAACCAAAGUCAGGGCCGGAACAAAUUCUCACCCUCUCGUUCCCCUCCUGGAGCCCUCUUGUUUUGAUCCCGUCUUCUCCCAAAUUGAAUUUGGGUCCUCGGAGACGGGGAGGGGGGGAGGGUGGCGCAUAGCAAUCAGAAGAAGGCGCAGAAGGUUGGGGGUCACUGUUGAGGGGAAUGGGAGCAGACCAGAAGACGUGGAGUGAACGUGCCUGAGACCUGUUUGGGGAUGGACGCCUGCCUCCCUCUGAGACAAAGAUGUUUUGGCUGGGGAGAGGAGGACUUAGCAGAACUGUGACUGGCCAAGAACAAGGAUGCCAGCAUUCCAGCUAAGUGCUGAGCACUUCCUGAGAGCACGGAAAGCACUGUACCAAGCUCUCGGGGGAGCACAAUAGAGUUAGUCACCCCAUAUAUAGUAUUAAUAGGGCAGAGCACUGUGCUCAGUGCCUGAGAGGGAACAGUAGAGGUAGAAGACACAGUCCCUGCUCGCAAGGAGUGACAGUCCAGCCAUGGUCCACGUACUCCAGAGUGUGGGGUUUCUGGGGGCGGCACUGGGGAGAAGCCCUCCACUGGGGGACCCCCAAGUUGAACAAGGAAGAAGAACUGAGGCCCAGCCCAGUGAGACAUCUUUGCCCUGAGAAAUUUGGGGUGCUGGUUUCCAUCCCACGUGGUGGGACCAGCAGAACUAGCCCACCAUCCAGUGAAGCGAUAGGCCCCCACCCUUCGCACUGUUGCCCAUCCCCCUGCCUCACAUUUACGCUCUCACAUUCUAUCUUGGGUUUCCGCUGCAUAUUCAUUCUGCAUUGACAGUGUAUCCGCGCCGCACGUAUUAAACCGUACA